UGCAGAGAAGGUAUCUUACGUAGAAGUUGAAGAAGAAGAAAGUGAGAAAUUGAAGGAAAUUGAAAUGGCUGAAGCACAACUUCGAGAUCAGUACGGCAAUCCUAUCUCACUCACCGAUCAGCACGGUAACCCUGUUGUAUUAACCGACGAGCACGGCAACCCCGUUUACGUCACCGGAGUCGCAACCACUUCUACGCCCGCCGUCAGUGCAGGUUCAGGGUUUGGGAUCCACGGUGGUCCUGGUGCAACCACUGCUACGCCCGCCAUCACUGCAGGUUCAGGAUUUGGGAUCCACGGUGGUCCUGGUGCAACCACUGCUACGCCCGCCGUCACUGCAGGUUCAGGGUUUGGGAUCCACGGUGGUCCUGGUGCAACCACAGGAAUAACCACCGUGUCGGAUCUCAUAACAACACAACCAAGGGACAAUAGAGAGUUUCGUCGUUCCUCCAGUUCUAGCUCUAGCUCGUCUGAGGAUGAUGGACAAGGUGGGAGGAGGAAGAAGGGAGUGAAGGAUAAAAUAAAAGAAAAGCUGCCAGGGAGGAAGAAUGAGCAGCAUUCACCAACAACCACCACUACCACCACCGCCGCUGCUACUGGUAUUCCACAACCAACACGGCCAACCGCCACUAAUCCAGAUCCUAACCCUAACCACCCUGAGCAUCACAAGAAGGGCAUAAUGGAGAAGAUCAAAGAAAAAUUGCCUGGGCACCACAACCACUGAAAAUCUCUCUGUGGGUCUAUGUGUUCUGAUAUAGUUUGGGUAGUGAUUAAUAAUUAAUUAAUUAUUUAACUAGUUGUUAUUAUAGGUUUGUAUUGUGUAAUGUGAGUGAUUAAUAAUUAAUUAAUUAAGUACGUAGUUGUUAUGAUAUAUGCUUUGUAUUAUGUGACGUGACUAUCUUUUAAAUCGUGUACGUGAGGAUGUACCUUCAGUUUUAAAAUGCUGUAUUAUUAUUGACAUGGACAAGUUUCGAGAUUCCACAAA